AUUAUUUUAAUAAAUGGCUAACAUAUUUGACAUAUUUAAAAUAUCAAUCAAAUAAAAAACACAAGAGCAGGAAGGAAAAUUAAUUGAGUUUGAUAUAGAUAAUGUUAAGAUCGGGAAAUUAGACAGAUAGACAGCUGAACUUCUUGAAUCUCAAAGCCAUCUAGAGUCUUUAAGUCUUGUGGACUGCUCCUUAAAGACACUUGAGGGUUUUCCUAAAUUACCUAAUUUAUAGAAUUUGGUGUUGGAAAUUAAUUAAUUGGAUGGAGAGGCAAUUAAAUUCAUUGCCAAUACUUAUCCAAAAUUAUUGUGUUUAAGUUUAGCAGAAAACUAAAUCAAGACAUUUGCUGUAUCUUAUUAAGUUUAUCAUUAGGAUUUGGAGCCGAUCAAGCAAUUGAAAAAAUUACAAUAAUUAGAUUUAUCUGACAAUCCUAUAGCCGAGUUGUAAGGAUACUUCUAAAAAGUGUUUGAUUUAAUUCCUGGAUUAUAGGUUUUAGAUAACAAGGAUAAAAGCGGAAACGACAUUUAAUAUAGUGAGGACGAAGAUGGUGUUGGAAGAGAAGAUUCAGAAGACUCAGAUAAUGAAAUAGAUGAUGACGAUGGUGAGUUAGAUGAUGAUGACGAUGAUGAAGAAUCAAGUCCAAAACCAACUAAAAAAACAAGAUUAUGAUAAAUUUAUAAGAUUUUUU